AAUCACAAUCUGCGUUUCCUUCCUCCCAAAAAUGACGUCACCCAGCCGUUUUCAGCGUUUUCAAGUCGCCUCAGCACCUUCAAGCACCCAUCGUCCAUAAUGUCAAAUUCAAUGCCACCACCAGCGUUCAAGCCUUCAGCAGAGAAAAAGGAAGAGAAAGCAGGAGGGCUGAGUCAGGAUGAUUUCAGGAAGCUACUGGCUACACCUCGUGCGGCACCAGGCGGUACAGGAGGUAUUGGCGGGUCAUUUUCAGGAGGCAGCAUGAGAGCGCUUGGCAUGGCAGGCAGGACAGCCCGUGUUCCAGCACCGCAGACACCGCGUUCAUCAGAAGGCGGGUCGAACAAACACAAGUACAAAAAACAUGCGCAAAAGACCCCUGCAAAGGAUGCCUCGGCGGCCGGAAGUAAAUACAGGGACAGAGCUACAGAACGACGGCAGGGUAUGAACCCGGAUUAUAUCGAGACGGAGCAAAUUCUUUCAACUUUGGAGGAGGCUGCAGCCGAGGUUGCGCCUGAGGUCAUGUACGAGCAGUCCAAGUUCUUGGGAGGAGACAGGGAACACACUCAUCUGGUUAAGGGUCUGGACUAUGCACUGUUGAACAAGGUCCGCCAGGAGGAUUCGGGGCAGGAUAGCGAGGUCGCUGAUCUGGACAAAGUCUUUGAAACUGUGGAGAAGGCCGUCAAAGCAGAAGGCAGCACAGUUAUGAAACAAGAGGAGGAGGUACCGGAGACGAACAGCGUACUGGCAAGGGAUGUUUUCAAGUACGCAAUUGAGGAACCAGCAAAGAGGCCACCCAAGGUCAACGAGAUGUUCUUGCCAGGCCGAACAGUUUUUGUUUUCGAACUCCCAAUCACUACCAAGAGCAAAAAACCAAAAGCUGGGUUUGUAGAGGACAACAACCCUUUUGCGGUCCCGACAACGGUCGUCAGGAGUAGGGCGGAUGUGGAUCAACAUCUAGCAGGAACGGUCGAAAAUCCAGAGGCAGAUAUGGUCAUGAAGAAGGUCAUGGAUGUUUUGCAGGCCAUCCGCACGGGCGAGCGCAAGAUUGGAGAAAGUGAGGCGGAACUCAAGGCGAAGCGGAAAGCGGCGGCGGCCGCCGCCGCCAAGAUCGCAGCAGCCAAGUUACAGGAUGAGGAGACACUACCAAUGGUGGAACCUGAUCUAGAAGGCGAAGAUAUCUUUGCAGAUGCAGGACGCGAAUAUGUAGUGGAGCCUGAACAUAAGGAUGAGUCUGCACCAGAUCACACUAUGGAUGUCGACGGCGAUGAUCAAGGACCCAUAGUCGGUCCCGCCCGACCGGACGAUGUUGACAUGAGCCGCUACUUCAGUGACGAUAGUGACAAUGACGAGAACCAGUAUAACGAAGAUAUGACCGACGGUUCGCAGAUGGACGUACAAGGCGGAGAAUUGGACUCAGAGGCACCUGUUUUGGGACCAGCGCGGCCAACUGAUGUCGAUCUGAAUGAUUACUUUGGGGAAGAAAGUGCGAACGAAGACAGUGACGGUAACGAUGGCAGCGCGCAGGAGGAUGCUGAGGAGGACACACACUACUCCGAUCCAAACAUUGCAGGUCCUAGCGCGAAUGGUCCCUCUUCUGCUGCGGCCCAGUACACCACACCCUUUAAUGAGAAGGCACUGUCGCGGAAAAAACCCAGGCUUGAGAGCCUUGAAGUUGAUGAGGAUGCAGACUAUUACUCUGCAUAUGGUUUGGGCGUAGGUGGAGGUCUCGGUACGACUGCCUAUGAUUCUGAUGAGGAUGACGACCAGAGCCAGUCGACUAUCCUGAUCGAUCAAGGCACUCAUAAGAACAAGCGCGCGCAAUUGGGCCGAUUCGAUUUCGACACAGAGGAAGGCUUUAACCGGUAUAAGGAUACGGUGGAGGUGGUGCCAAAGACAUCGUUCCAGUAUGGAGUCAAAAUGAGCGAUGGGCGAAAGACGGGUAAGUGGGACGACGGCAAGGGCAAGGGCCUGAGCAAGGACGAGAAGCUGGACCGCGACUGGCAACGAAUUAGCCGUUUGAUGGAGAAGAACAGUGGGUCCGGCAACGCAGGACACAAGAACAAGCCGAAGCGAGACGAGGAGCCAUCCUCCGGAGGAGGAAGCGACUCCAGGAACAAGCGGCGCAAGAAUAACUGGUGAGGGUAUGGGGGAUAAAAACAUGCCCACAGAGCGGAAAGACCAUCUACAUCAUGCACCCGUGCAUUGCAUUCAACUUUAUUUUUCAAUGUUCAAUCUGCCUCCACUGUAUACUCUUAUCCAAAUUCACAUCCACCCGACGUCCAUUUGUAUAUUAACUAGUUUAGAUCCUUUUGCCCAAACAAACGCAGUAUGUAAUUCUUUGCUGUUCCA